AUGGCCAGCAACUACUGGGAUGGUAUACCCCAUCCCGGGGAAGCGACCGACGGUCUUCCGCUCACUGCAUUGCCAGAGCGCAUCUGCAUCAACCCCGGGGGGCUCUCCAGAUUUCUCAAUGUUCACCUUUGUAAGAAGGAUCGGAACGUGUAUGACAACACUGGUCUAAUGAUUCUACGGCCAUUCAAACUGCUGGUUUAUCUCGACAAAGCUAUUCGGAGUCAGAUGAAGGAGUUGGAGAUUUAUCGAAAGCAAAAGGAGGAUUUGCCCGAGGAAGCGUACAUCGAAGUCUUGAAAACAUCCCCAGUUGAUCAAAUGGUCCUUCAGAUGAAGGCUGCACAACAAGUCGCGCUCUUGGAUGUUCCUGAACUGACAGAAUUGCUGCUGAAUUUUCGAUGCCUAACGCGAUGGAUGGACGAGACCCUUCAUCCUUUCCAAGCACAGCUGGCUGCUAUUCCGGAGAUGGUACGAUUCGUCGACCUCUGGUUCCUCUUCUCCCAAGGCUCGCUGGUGUACAUCAAAGGCAGCUUUCCUCCCCAAAAGAUAUGGAAGGUGGUGCAACGAACUGGAGGCCGCCGCUACCUGGGAAAAUCAGAGCGCAUAAACGAGCAAGGCAUUGGCACAUGGGCCCCAUUUGUUCUGGACUGCUUCUACUUGGACUUUGAUGGUAGCCAAUUUGUCCCCAUAUUCCGUCAAUUCGAAAUUAGCGGGUUUGAUGGGAUCCAGGGCGUCAAAUACCUCCCCAUUCUCCCGCUCUCUGUCGCUGAAAAAGAAGGUCUUACGGACAAACAGUACCUGAUGACCCGAGGGAGGCAAUUCGUCGAUUGCACACAGAAAGCCCUCCACUUGGAAUACAGUGGUCGAUGCCACUACUUGACCCCCACGGGACAGAAGUUGACAGAUCUGGUCGACGAGGUCCCUCGAAGCGCCUCCUGCUACUCAGAACAGAUCGACAGCGAUGUGAUCGUGGACUUUGCGCGCGCCUUUGACGAGAUCCCUUGGUGGCGCCCGGCAAUCAGCAAUCACGACUUCGGCAAAACGGACCAGGCAGAGCUCGGAUCGGCGAGAGGGAUUGAUAAUGACGGGGUAUGGAACAAGCGGCUCACGGAUGAUUUCAUGGAGGCUCAGACGCGGAUGUGGGAAUCCUGGGCCAGAAAUGGGGGCGGGCCAACGGGGGAGGAAUUGUUGCUAUUGCCUGAUCGGGUCUUUGCCUUUGUGCUGUCUACCAGGCGAUGGGCUUGUCUCCGAAUUGGGCGAGGGCCAAAUGAGGUGGAGCAGCUGCGCCAAAGGGAAGUCACAGGGAAUCCAUGGCUCAAGCUACGGCUUCCAGAUGGGCACGAAGAAGUCAUCCGAUCUUUGAUUCACUCGCACUUUGCCCGACAAAGGUCUGGCGGUGUUCACUUCGACUUGCUGAGGAACAAGGGAAAUGGGGUGACUAUUCUCUUGCACGGCGUACCCGGAGUUGGGAAAACAUCUACGGCUGGUAGGGCAGGCAAUCUCCUCAGCACCUAA